GAAUGGUCCUGGCUCAUGCUGGAGUUCCUGACUCGCAUCCCUGUGGAGAUGAUCACGGAAGCCUUGGCCCAAGGUGGGAUGCACAUAAGAGCCCGGUUCCCACCCACCACCGCUGUGUCCGCCGUCCCGUCAAGCUCCAUCCCUUUGGGCAGACAGCCCAUGUCACAGGUCAGCCAGAGCAGCCUCCCCAUGCUGUCCUCGCCGUCACCGGGCCAGCAGGUGCAGACCCCGCAGUCGAUGCCCCCUCCCCCCCAGCCGUCCCCACAGCCCGGCCAGCCUGGCUCACAGCCCAACUCCAACGUCAGCUCUGGCCCUGCCCCGUCCCCCAGUAGCUUCCUGCCCAGCCCCUCACCGCAGCCCUCCCAGAGCCCAGUGACGGCGCGGACCCCACAGAACUUCAGUGUCCCCUCACCUGGACCUUUAAACACACCUGUGAACCCCAGCUCUGUCAUGAGCCCAGCCGGCUCCAGCCAGGCUGAGGAGCAGCAGUACCUGGACAAGCUGAAGCAGCUGUCCAAGUACAUUGAGCCCCUGCGCCGCAUGAUCAACAAGAUCGACAAGAACGAAGACAGAAAAAAGGACCUGAGUAAGAUGAAGAGCCUUCUGGACAUUCUGACAGACCCCUCGAAGCGGUGUCCCCUGAAGACCUUGCAAAAGUGUGAGAUCGCCCUGGAGAAACUCAAGAAUGACAUGGCGGUGCCCACUCCCCCACCGCCCCCGGUGCCACCGACCAAACAGCAGUACCUAUGCCAGCCGCUCCUGGAUGCCGUCCUGGCCAACAUCCGCUCACCUGUCUUCAACCAUUCCCUGUACCGCACAUUCGUUCCAGCCAUGACCGCCAUUCACGGCCCACCCAUCACGGCCCCAGUGGUGUGCACCCGGAAGCGCAGGCUUGAGGAUGAUGAGCGGCAGAGCAUCCCCAGUGUGCUCCAGGGCGAGGUGGCCAGGCUGGACCCCAAGUUCCUGGUAAACCUGGACCCUUCUCACUGCAGCAACAAUGGCACUGUCCACCUGAUCUGCAAGCUAGAUGACAAGGACCUCCCGAGUGUGCCACCACUGGAGCUCAGUGUGCCCGCUGACUAUCCUGCCCAAAGCCCACUGUGGAUCGACCGGCAGUGGCAGUACGACGCCAACCCCUUCCUCCAGUCGGUGCACCGCUGCAUGACCUCCAGGCUGCUGCAGCUCCCAGACAAGCACUCGGUCACUGCCUUGCUCAACACCUGGGCCCAGAGUGUCCACCAGGCCUGCCUCUCAGCCGCCUAGCCAAGACUGCAGGGAUGGCCCGCAGCCUCAUCGGGGCCAAGGACACAUGCCUCCUGUCAGGCACUUCUAGGUGUUGGCUUCCUUAGAGAGCCUGGGGUUAGGUUAGCUUUCCUGCUUUUAUCUUCUGCCUUGGGGACCUGCCAAACGAAAUCCCACACCUGUACAGAACUGGGAUAGGCGCAGUGGAGCGGGCUGCUUGGGGGGUGUUGGCCGACUUCUUAGAGAAGGCCCUCCAUGUGACUUCCUCCAAGGAGCGGGAUGCGAUCCUCGGGCUGCUCUCACUAUGGCCUGUCCACGGUCCAGGUCCAUCUCAGCAGUGUGAGGGUGCACUCAGGGUGUUGUUAGAGCGUCUUGUGUGUGCUAGACACACCCCUACUCGUUCCUAUAGGAGAACACAGAGGACAUAGGAAACCCUUAAAACACACAUGGGAUUCUCUGGUCACAGUUUUGGGUUCAGGCUAUGCUGCUUUGGGCAGGUGGGGCACCCCCCGGGGAAGCCCCCAAGUCCAGGGCACAGGCUGCCUUUUGGAGGGAGGGCUGGCCCAUAGGCGCUGCCAGCUCCCCGCCACCAGCUGGGCCUCAGCCCUCAUGGCAUUCCUGCUGAGCACCGUGGGGCAUCCAGGGAGCAGGGGCGUUGGGGCCUGUGCUGCUGGCAUGAGGGCCGUGUCCCCACUGUGAAGGAUGAAGAGCAAGGCCCUCAGGACCCGUGUCCUCAGAGCACCACACACUGAGCCACCCAGAGAGAGUGGGCCUGGCAGCAGGCCGGGGCCAUGCAGGGAGCGCCUCCCUAUGUUGCCUGCCACUCUGGGCACCGGCCACCAGCCCUCUGGUGAGAAGAGGUUCCCCCCUUUUUACGUGCACUACCCCACCAUCUGUGAUUAUAAUAAAUUUAUUAUUCCUGUGUU